CUUUGGUUCCAUGCGUGACUUCAUCAUGCUUCAUCCAUAAACCAUCGCUUCACUCUAGGCAUUCAAUGCCCAUUCAAUUGAAAAGAGGGCUGUUAAACUUUCAUUCCCCGAAAAGUGAAGUAGAAUCGGUAUCUACCUGAACUUUAAGAUAAGAAAACUAAAGGUGGGAGUUACCUACACAACUGCAUUAACACGUUUCGAAAUUGUAUUUCAUCCUUUCAAUAUAAUGCUUUGAUUCCAGAUUGGAAAAUUACUUAUAUUUGUUCCAUAUAAUGUAAAUUUCACAUUUCGGAAAUAUACGUUGCCAGACCAUUAUGUAAGAAGAAAAUUCAAUUCGAUUUGGUUCAUAAUAAUAUAUUUCUUGAAUUCUGGGCGGCAGCACUAAGUAGUUAUUUUUUGUGGUAUUCAUUUUUGACUAUUUCCUUUAAUAUCCUGCAUUUCACACACAUAUGUUUGCCGUAAUGGCACGAAAAGCCAUUUCACAAGAAAUUUGCACCCGGAGCUACCUGCUGAUAAAUGUGUACAUGUUUCCUUCUGUGUAUAUCCUUUGUGUUGGUGUCUGCUAUAUGAAUACAUGUGAUUUGCUCGCUUUGCAGGAUGUGCAAUGAUGAAACUCAUCUUCAGUUGAAUGAGACGAUGGAAGCAACUUUAUAAAAUGCCUGUCCUGUUCACUUAAACGGUUUUAUGAUUGUGUUCAUUUGAUAAAUUCUUUUGAUUGACCGAUUUGAUUUGAACUUUUUUAUCGUGCAGUUUACAUUCUUAGUUUGGAUAAGUAAGCAUUAGUUGGUGCUUGAAAAGCGCACUCUGUGUUCGACAAUGGAAAGUAGGAUUUUGUAGCAAAUGGAGCUAACGUGAAAGUUAUUUUCAAAUUUUCUUGAGUUCUUGAAACUCGUGGUCAAUUUUCAAGUGAAAAUGUAUUGUGAAAAGUGUUGGUAACAUGAAGUGAUCUGUUAUUUCCGGCAAACAAACAAAUUUUAACAAAUUAAAAUAGUGAUGGGAGAAAUAUUCUUUAGCAGUUUUGUUUUAUACUACCAACUCUUUACAACAAGUGAACAACUAUGCUCAAAGCCCAAACAAAAGAAUCAAUAAAAAGUUAUUAAUAUAGUCUACCAAGCAUUGAAAAAUGCGAACAAAGCAAACAUCUAGAAUUGAUUACGGGAGGUGGAAGAAUAUCCACAAUAAUAAAUGCAUAAGUAAUAGCACCAUUUUUAAUAUUUAUUAAAAAUGAUAAGAACCCGUUAUCAAACACAAUCACUAAGCCCUUAAACUCAAUAUGUGGUGAUUAUAGAUUAAAUUUCUGGAGGAAAUUUUCAUCUGCUUACCAAGACCGCUUCCGUCUUCUCAUCCUGAAAAAUCGGUUGGAUUUUACACCAAAAUACAUAUUGUGCAGGUGUUGAAAGAAAUUUAUCAAAACCUUUUUCAGAUCGUUUUCCAAUUGAUAGAAAUUUCUGAGCGUUUAUAACUUUACAGUGCGAAGUUUCAAAAAAAUUACUUGUGCACCUAUAUUUUUUGGGAAAAAUAUAUUUAUUAACGUAUUGAACCUGGAAUAAAUAGUAAUUAUGCUGGCAUUCGACUUCCACUGGAAAAUAGCCACCUGCUAGAACAUAUAACUGCCUCUAAGUCGCACAUUUUUCUAAAAAUUGCACCUUGUCUGUAUCUAUAAUGCUAUCAUUGCAUACAAAAUCGCCUACCUCAUCGGGGCUUACACAAACAAAAGUCAUAACAUACUUUAACCAUGCCGUACAACUAUAUUUUUCGGUUUUUUCAUUGUUAAGGGUUCUUUUGCUUGCCGAUUUCUUACAUUUUGAGGAAUAGCACAAUGUGGUAAUGCAAUGUGUUUUGCAAGCUAAUAAGCACUUACGUUUUUUAGCAUUUUUUACUAUAUCGCGUGAUUUCUACUUUCGGACCGAUCAUCUUACGACUCCAACUUUCUUCAGAUGUUUCAAUAACUCAACUCCUAUUGAAAAUGUACAACAAAUUAAUAUUUGCUCAUAGAAGAAGGAACUUACAAAUAAUUAUGUUUAGUUCUCUAAAGUAAGAGUAACGAAAUUUGGGUUAGGUGACCUACACUCUAGCAAUUAAUGCAGAAUGCUGUUCACUAUCAUAAUCAUCAGAUAUGUUCAAUAAAUUAUUUAUCAAACUUUUUUUGGUCCCUGUAUAUAUGUUUACAAAAUUUAAUUGUUAUAACUUGGCUGUUUGCUUUUGCUUAGGAGGGAACUGCAAAUUCUGUUACUGAAAAGUCAAAAAUGAUAGAUGUGCAUAAUAAAUAAUGCAUUUCAACAGGAAGCAGACUGCAAUAGUUAUAUUUUUAAAUUGAACAACAAUGAUGAAGUGGGUAAGCUACAAUGAUAUUCUUGAAGCUUGAGAAUUAAUUAAAGCGAAUAUUUUUUUAUUUGAUUGUAAGCAAAUAAUUGGUUUGUUCUUUUCUCCUAAUGAUAUUAACGUUGUUUUUCUUAUAGGUUUUAUUGGAUUCUGUGUACAUGUGGACAAGUCUCUGAAUUAAAUUCAUUUAAUAACAUAUUUUUUCUUUCUAGGUAAAUAGACUGCAUCGCUCGAUAAAGUAACAUGAAACAAAGACUUGAGAACAAAAGUUAAAGGAGAAGCAACGUCAACAGAAAAAAACAUUUCAUCCUAUAUUCAUCAGCGACAGCAGAGUUUCACCUCACCUCCAUUAGUUCCCAAUUUGUCGGGCAUGCUGCUUGAGUUUUACCAGAAAAACAGAUUAAAUGUACCAAAGAAGGAUAAAGCGGCGUCCUACGAAAAGGUGUCAGCUUUGGAAAGUAAAACUGAAUGCAAUUUAUCGUCGUCUGGCGAAAAAUCGCUAUCUUUGCCCACGUUAUAUACAAAGUCAUCAUCGACCCGGAACUUGCAAGAAAUAGACGACGACAAAGAUUUGUCCAUUAAUAAGGAUUCUUCAGUUGAAUUUUCAAAUAAUACAACUGGGAAGAAAUUGAGUGUCCCUUUUCAUCCACGCAUAAAAUAUUCGAACAUUAACAAACCAGCAUCAACUAUAGCUUCAUCAUCAUCUGUAAAUUUAGAAAAAUUAAAUGCAGUUUCUGCCCCCGUCAUUCAGGCUCCGGUUAUCUCGUCAGCACCGACAGCCGCAGCUAUCGCAGCAGCAGCCUUUUUUCGUGGCGAAUAUCGAAAUUUUCAGCAACUGCAAAGUCAAGAAGUUCUGAGUCAUCAACCAUCUCCUAUGCAUACAACCUCCUCCACCACGGAUAAGAAUGUGCCCUUCUAUUUUCCUGCUUAUUUAAAGAAUACGAAUAAUACCGACAAGGAUUCAGAAAACGAUGAUCAAUCACGAUCCGAAGAUGUUUCAGACGAAGAAGAUGAGGAGGAGCCCAAAUACCCUUGUAUUGAUGAUAUUCAUCUUAUUGAAGGCUCCAAAUCAAGUUUUCAUAACCAAAAUAUUGCUGGUAUUGAAAGCGAUUAUAUGUCUGAAGAAUCUCAAAAAUAUUCAAUGAUUGCCGCACAAGCUCUGAGAAAUCUGGAAUAUUCUUUAAGUGAUUAUGGCGGGAAUAUGACAGAAGAACAAUUAUAUAAUUGCCGCCAUUGUGGUAAGAAAUAUAGGUGGAAAUCGACCUUACGGCGACAUGAAAACGUAGAAUGUGGAGGAAAAGAACCAUCUCAUCAAUGUCCAUAUUGUCCAUAUAAAUCGAAGCAAAGGGGCAAUUUAGGUGUGCAUGUUCGGAAACAUCAUGCGAAUCUCCCGCAACUAGCAAGCAAGCGUCGCUCAAAAUAUUCCCAACCAAGAGAAUAAUAUAUCAACAACAUCCAAUUCAUUAUAAAUGCACAAAAAUCUACAAUAGUUUCGGUGGUUUAUCCCAUACCAAUAUAAACUUUUUCUACGAAUAUAACAUAGGCAGUGUCUUACGUCUAGGAAAGUUAUACAUUUAUGAAUUUGAGCUAGGAGAUAAUGACUCGUUUCUAUCCUUAUUUGAAUGCUUUAACGUAAGUUACUGCUUAACUUUCUAUCUAUAUGUGUAUGUAAUUAGACGAAUUCGCUAUAAUUACAUUGCAUUGUAUAUAUAUGUAUAUUUGCGAGUUUCUAGCCAAACGCUUAUUUUGAAAGGUUCGUACUUUGAAUGCGUUUUUGCCAAUUUAAAAUUUCUCAAAACGUGUUAGAAUACUAUUCCUUCUAUAAUAUCAUUUUAUAUUAUACAAAUACAUGUUCCAUAAAUUCAGCACUCAGAUGACAUUAACCAAAGCUUUCAUUUGGAAAUUCUGAAUAUUUCAUAUUUUGAAAAAUAUAAUCAAUUUACAAUGUUUUCAAAUAGAAAUGUGGAGAAAGACUGUAACUUGGAAACUGCGUUCUUUUGUACGUCGCUAAAGCAUGAAAUAUUAUAUUGCAUUGAAUUAAUGAAACCCAUUUCCUAAUCUUGCUAGAUAUAAUCAUUUCUAAGCUUAUAAUGAGUAAAAUAUAGAAAAUUUAUAUCGAUCUAUUCAAAAAUUAAUGCUAAUGUAUUUUCUUUGGGGGAGUAUUUCAUAUUUGUACCAUAUUCUUUGUAGCUUUGGUGCCUGACAGCAAAUUGCAAGAUUUGAUAAUUUCCUAAACAGAACGGUGCUUCAAUCAUCACUCUCCUCAUUUAUAUUUAAAAACCUAAUUUGUAACGGAAAAGAAAUUCUAAUGAUUUGUUACAUUUUUAUUUGGAAAAAAUAUCGAAGUUGUAGUUUUGACAUCAAAGAAAAUAACCAAACAUAGUGCCAUUAUCAAUUUAUUUGAAAUUUCAAUAAAUUGCAAAACUUUUGGCAAAGUUUUUGGAAGAAAAUACACAUACAUAUCCAUACUUUUUUAUAUUUAAUGAAAUUAGUGAUUUUCGGAAAAGACUGCCUUCAAUGAGAAUGAUAAUUAAAGAUAAACUAAAUAUAUAUUAGGAAGUAAGUUUUAAUUCAGAUAUUUAUCUAAGACCGUUGAUUCAAAUAUCUAACAUUUAGCGAUCAAGACUGUAAUGGCAUCCAGAAAUAUCAGAACAAUUCAACGAUGAUGGGAAAUCAGUCAUUAAAUUCCCAUUUAUUUUUUAUGAGAUGUUUUCGUAUUGUGGAUGUUAACUAUAGGGAAAACGAUGUACAUAUCCAACCCCACUGUUUGGUGAUUUAUAUAAUGUUAUACAAUUGAAUAUGAAAUUUUAAACUGAUUUCAUUAUUAUAAGACAUAAGGCAAUUUCAAAUUCUGUAUUUGGUAUUUUGUAGUGAUAACACAGAACUGCAUAUUGCAUAUAUGAUAUCAUCUAGAAAGAGUUGGUUUGAACAUGAAAAGUGAAAAGACGGUUUUUAAAAUUUUUAUAUUUUCGUCGAACUGUUACUUUCUGAUUAUUUUAGAUAAUUUUGCUUGUUUCAGAACAACUCAUACGAAAGAAAAUAUUCAUAUUUCAAUCAUGCAGCCAAACUCUGAUUAUUUAAGCGUUUUCUUGAUCUCUUACCUUACCACGAAACAAUCUUAUAUAAUUCCAAUUUUUUUCAUUGGUUUCUUUAAUUCGAAUCAGCUUCGUUUGAAGCAAAACAGUGCAGUUAUGAUUUCAUUCUAUGAUUUUUUAUACAUUUGAAAUUAUGUCUAUAAUAGCAAUAAAAUCAAAAUUUACAAAAUGUU